AGACAAUUCUGACUUAUGUUGACCGAUAAAUCGCUAAAUGAACUUCAGGAGAGUCGUAACUUUAGGGUAAAGAGAUACUCACUACUAUUUAAAGUCAGACGAAAUGGGACACCACACCAAUAAACAUGAACGACGACGCUUUACGCUACUCCAAACACUCUGGUCUACACAAGGCAGCCGCCACCACCGUGCUCGACGAAAAUUUAAAAUUUUUGAAGUGUGAAGAUGGCGAUUGUAUUAUGGACGUAGGUGCUGGUGAAGGAUCAGUUACCUUGGAAGUCCUUUUUCCAAAACUACCAAACAACUUCAAAAAACUGGUUCUUUGCGACGUGUCGAGUGGUUUACUCGACUUCGCGAAAAACCGAACUGACGACGAACGAAUUGAUUUUUUUGAAAUGGACAUCGGUACCAGCGCGAUUCCAGACCACUUUCGUCAAUAUUUCAACCAAAUUUUCUCGUUUCAUUCCUUGAACUGGAUUGGAGACUGGGACAAGCAUGUCCAAGCAAUGAAGAACAUAUUCGACAUGCUAAAACCAGGCGGCGGCGGUAUUCUUUUCAUUGUUCUCACCCGUGUUCCCUUAUUUGAUGUGUGGAAAAAUUUAGCCAAAACUGAGAAAUGGGCACCUCACUUCAAGAAUUUAGCGGAGGUCGUUUCGCCGUAUUGUGACGUCAAGGAUCCCGCAGACAAGUUGAAAACUUGUUUGGAAAACAUCGGAUUCGUUCUCCGCGUGUGCAAAAACGAAGACUGCCUCUACACUUUUCCGACUUUUCAAUAUUUUUUUAAUAUUGCAUUAUCGGUGAACCCUUUUUUCGAAUCGAUUUCUGAAGCCGAAUGUGCCGAAUAUGAGCAGGAUUACGAGAAAGAACUGAGGAAGCAUCCGAAGGUGGUCCAUGAGAACGAAAAUGGAAAAGUUCUGUUUUUGUACGAGAGGAUCGUUGUCUGUGGGCUAAAAUCUUAA